AUAGUAUCAUUUGAGCUAUGUAUCAUUGGUUAGCGGUGGAGUAGUUUGAAAAUCAUUUGGGCGAAAACCGAAAAGUAAUUGAAAAUGUUUAAUUUGGGCGAUACCUUGCCAAAUUUUCAAGCCGAGACAACUAUUGGUACAAUUAAUUUAUAUGAUUAUCUGGGAGAUUCGUGGGGCAUCCUGUUCUCCCACCCCAGCGACUUCACGCCGGUGUGCACCACGGAACUGGCGCGCGUGCUGACCCUCAUGCCGGAGUUCGACAAGCGCGGGGUGAAGGUGCUGGCGCUGUCCUGCGACUCCGUCGACAGCCACUGCAAGUGGAUCGAGGACAUACAGGCGGUGGCGGGCAGCUCGGGGGAGUUCCCCUACCCCAUUAUCGCGGACGAGGACCGGGAGCUGGCGGUCCUGCUGGGCAUGCUGGACCCCGUGGAGAAGGACAGGGACGGCCUGCCCCUGACGUGCCGCGCCGUGUUCGUCAUCGGGCCCGACAAGACGCUGCGCCUGGCCAUCCUCUACCCGGCCACCACGGGCCGCAACUUCGAUGAGAUACUGCGUGUCAUCGACUCGCUGCAGAUUGUGGAAAAGCAUCAGGUCGCCACGCCAGUUGACUGGAAGGCCGGGGAGAUGUGCAUGGUGCUGCCCAGUGUCUCGGACCAGGACGCGGCGUGCCUGUUCCCCCGGGGGGUCACAGUGCGGGACGUGCCCUCUGGGAAGAGCUACCUGCGCAUGACCCCCGCGCCACAGCCGUGACGGGCCGACGCACCUUCUUGCCAGUGCCUUUAGUACUUAACGUGUAUACCAGUGCUGUCGGUUCUUUCUAGUUGUGUGUGGAGCAAAUUCCUCAGAUGUUGUCCUACAUAAGAUAAUGUAUUUAGUUUUUUUUCUGGGGACCUUUGUCGCCAUGUUAUCUGCUGUUCGUAAGUAUGUAUUCAGGCAAGUGGUCUUAAGUAUUUAAAUUUUUUCUAAAUCAGUUGUAUCAUGGUUACACAUUAGAAAUAAUUUUGAAGUUCACACCAUCGAGAAAUUCUUUAAAAUGUACUUAUUUACUCCAAUAUUCUAAAUAUAUCUUUAUAAAAAAAAUCUGGAAUGAGCUAAAAUAAAUUUAAAAAUACCACACUUUAGUUUAAGUCAACUCUCAAAGAGUCAAGAUAUUUUCCUGCUUUAUACGUUUAAAUAAGUUUUAGUUGCGCCUGUAAAAACCCCUCAAUUAGAACCUUUCAAGGAGUUUUUCUGGUUAAGAAGUCUUGAUUUCUGAAAUCCUUCAGAAAUGUUUUAACAGAGUUUUACUAUACUCUGCUUGUACUUAACAGCGACUAAAUGACAGUAUAAACUGUUAGUGGCCUUUGAACUUGAUGCCUGUUUUAGUGUCUUAGGUUUGGUAGCAGUGUAAAGUCUUUGUCUCGCCUAUGCGAACCACGGCUUAAGUGGUUUCACUUGUAAAGCAGUCAUUUUUUAAUAUAAUGUGUGAUAUGAAGAGAAUCACAUUGGGGCAUUUACCAUUCAUGUGAGGGAAAAAUGAGAGAGAAAGAAUUAAGUGUAAGAACUGUUUAGUGUUUACGUGAUGGAUUAACAAUUAAUUUUAUCAUUAUUAGGGACAAGAUUUUAUGGUUUCAAUUUUAUAUGUUGUGUUUAUUCAUAAAAUGGUAUUUUAUUUAACAAAUAUGAAACUAAAAUAUUUUUUAUUUCACCAAAAUGGUCUCAUUUUCGACUACUAUAUGAUGAACGUAUACAAUUAAAUAAUUUGUAAUAAGUAUGACUCAAAAAGAACUUCUCAGUAAAAUAAAAAUAUAUUGGCACAUUUUUGUAUGUUAGAAAAAUAUGCUAAUGUUAUUAAUGUAAAGUACUUUUGUAAGCAAUAAGGGAUGCAAGAUCAAACAACGUAUUUUUUCCAAUCUACUCUUUAGUUUAUACAUUUUGCUACAAAUGUUAUGCUAAAUAACUACAUCAAUGAAUUCAGAAUAAUAAAUGAUAACAUUUUUGUUUUUUGAGUUCAAUUUUGUCAAAUUGCUGAUUGAUUUCACAUUUUUAAUUUAAAUUUUGUGCUAAUGGUGUAUUAACUUGCUUUUCUGUGUUAUGUUGUAGUGAUAAUCUUUGCGGUGUUAUCUCGGUUUUAUCGCAAUUCACCCGUAUAAUCUUGUCCUUGAUCAUUAGUAAUGAUGAGAUUGAAAACAUGUUGCCUAUGUGUGUCUAGUUAAAACCCACAAUAUUUGGACAUACACUAUCAUAUCGUCGCUUAAGAAACAACACCGCCUAAGUGACAUUUUUAACGAAAAUUAGUUUAUUGUUUCUCUAUGGAAACAUAUGUUUCACGCAUCUUCUCACAACGUAUUUCGCCGAAAAUUUAACAGAAUGCGCCGCUAUGGUAUUUUUUCUAACACCGCCUAUCUCUUUAACAAAAACAACACCGCCUAUGUCCCCCAGUUUCAGCACAGCAGUUAUGGAGCGAUGACUACUUAUUCUGGUUGAGUUGAAAACAAUUUGUUAUUGUUAUUGAUUAAAGUAAUUUUUGCAGUAACCUUUAGUUUUUAUACUCAAUAAUAGAUCAGAACUUGUGCCAGUUGUUGCGUAAGAAACAAAACUUACAUUUUUAUGGUACAUUUAGCUCUUUAAAAAGUAUAGUUGAGAUAGCCGGAGUUGUAUCUUAAUUUAUGGACUCCUCUAAUGACAUGGGCGGUAAUUCCACACUUUCUUAGAACUGAGGUAAGAAGUUCUAUUUUUUUUUAUUUUGGACAUUCUUGAAUGUUAUUGCUUAUUAUAAUAGUUAUAAUCUUCAAAUCUAGAUAAUCUACAAAACUAAGAGCAGUGCUUUGCUACAGGCUUAAUGAUGUCUGAACUAUCAAGAAUUGAUGAAGAGUGCAACUCAGACCUUGGGUUAUUUGCUAAUGAAGAAAUCCUAAAGCAAAUGGGGUUCAAUGAUAGUUUGAUAAAUACAGUGGAACAUGAAAGGAACAAAAUACCAGGUAAGGUUAUUAAGUUAUGUUUUUAAUACUAUCAAUGUAAUGGAGCAACUUAAGAUAUGCUUUGAGUUUUAUUAUUUAAUUAAUAAUAAAUGUAAAAUAUACAUUAAACACCUGUUAUUUAUUAAAAAUAGUAUUUAUAACUUAGGAAAUGGAGUGAUGUAAUAGAGUUUUUUUUUAGUAAUGCAAUAAGAUAGAUUACACGAACUCUCAUUAUUAAUUAUACUGCAUGAGUGAAUGCACACACAGAUACAUACAUAAACUUACAUAUCUUCAACAAUAACCGAUUUAACAGAAAAAAGAGUUUGUUUGCUUUACAGAUUCAACCCUUCAAAACUUCGCUGACAGAAAUAAUGACAGUUACAUUAUUGCCCCUGAAUCUACUACAAGCAGUACUAUGGUGGUAAUGGAAUCUUAUAAUGUUGUAUUGAAUAAUACACUUUUUGAUAGCACCAGUGAUGCCUUUCCAUCAAUUGAGAUUUCGCUUUCGAUUGAUAAAAAUAACUUUGAAAAUAGUUUAGAGAAUGUAGAUAACGAAAUUACCACAUCAACACCAUGCUUUAUGAGAGAUCAUAAUUAUUCAGCAAGAAAAAAUUUACCAUUAGAUGAUCAUCCUGAGAACAACAAAAACAAUUCAAAUUCAUGUGCAUUGAAAACAUGUAAGCGAAAGCUUUCGGAGUCUUGUUCAAGUGACGAUACCAACCCAGAUGACCCUGAUGAGUACAUACCCACAGACGAUGAGGUACAACAGAUCGAACCUCUUAAUAAAAUAUUUGAAGGAAGUGAAAACAGUGGGAUACCAUUAACUGAGCCAAUUGUCAAACCAGGGAACAGUGAAAAUCAAGAGAAUGAUACACUCCAUCUAGAUAUGGAUCCAAACCCUGUGCCCAAGGGCCCUAAUAAACUAAGAAAUAAAAACAACAAGGAUAAAUGGAAAAAAAAUGAAAAUAAAAAGAAGAGAGAGCAAGGUGAGGAAUACAUUGGGUACAGAAGAGCUGGAGCAGGGAAAAUAGUACAAGAUGUGCAAAAAGAAGCAAAAUGUAUGGGUCCUCGUUGCAAGUCACGUUUAUGCAAAGUCUCAAAACUUAGAGCUUGUCCUGAUGUAACAGAAGAAGACAGAAAAAGCCUGUUUAAUAAUUUUUGGAAGGCAUUAUCAUGGGACCAAAGAAAGAUCUAUGUUGCAAAUUUAGUUUCUAGAGCACCAAUUAAGAGAAAAAGGACAGCUGCAGAAUCAUCAAGACGGACUGAAACAUUAGAAUAUCAUUUAGUAAUUAAAGGAAAAAAAGUACAAGUCUGCCGUCAAACAUUCCUCAGCACAUUAGGCUUGAAAAAAUGGAGUGUUCGAUACUGGUUGUAUGGAGACGAAAAAAGACCUGCAAAAGUUGAAUUGACUGAAAAUAAAAUUGUGCCUUCUUCCAAAGUAACACGCAACAAUGUCAAGGGAAAAAAAAAGAAAGUAGAUCAUAAUGAAUAUUUGGUAAGUUUCUUCCACAAACUUCCAAAGAUUCCUUCACAUUAUUGUAGGUCUACUACAACACGGCUGUAUGUUGAAGCAUUUACAUCUAAAACAGAGCUCUAUGAAUUUUAUCGAGAAGAAUGCAAAAAAGAAGAUAAAGAACCAUUAAGUAGAUAUACUUUUGAUCAAGUCUUUGAGAAAGAAAACUUAGGAAUAUUUCAACCGAAAAAAGAUCAAUGCGAUCUUUGUCAUAGUUAUGAAGUAGGCAGUAAAACAGUGACAGAGAUUGAGUACAAUGCACACAUCUCAGCAAAGAAUAGAGCUAGAGAAGAAAAAGAAAAUGAUACAAAAAAAGCUGAAAGUAACCUUGUACACGUGUUUUCUCAAGACACACAAGCCGUAAAACUGGCCCCAUGUGUUAAUGCAUCAGCUAUGUAUUACAAAACUAAGUUAUGUGUACAUAACUUCACUAUGUAUAAUCAUAAAACCCAUGAUGCCAUGACAUACUGGUGGGAUGAGACCGAGAGUGACCUAAGCGCAUCAUCAUUUGCAUCUUGUGUUCUGCACAACCUCGAACAAACUCUCGAUGAAGAUUUCAAACCAAUAAUUUUAUGGUCAGAUGGUUGCGGCUACCAAAACAGAAGUACGACUAUGUCAAAUGCUCUUUCAUACCUAGCAAAAAAAUCAAAUGUUGUUAUUGAGCAAAAAUUUCUCGUAAAAGGGCAUACAAUGAUGCAAUGUGAUAGUGUUCACUCAACAAUUGACACAAUAUUAAAUCCAAAAAGAAGCACAAAAAACAAAAAAACUGCCAGAGAAAUUUAUCUACCAAGUCAAUUUGCUGAACUGACUAAACUGGCUAGAAAAAAGCCAUUUCCUUAUCGAUCGAUGUACCUCGAUCAUACAUUUUUUUUUAACUUUUCACAGAAAGGCACCAUUGCUUAUGAGUCAAUUCGGCCAGGCAAAAAAACAGGAGAUCCUACGGUUCAUGAUUUAAGGGCAUUAAGAUACAACCCUGAUGGUACGGUGGACUGGAAAAUCCAAUUUGAUGAUGAGUAUACACCACUCCCAAGAAGACGUAAGGAAGUUUCAGGAUUUUUUGCACCCUUGAAUAAGUCACGUUUGAAGAUAAAGAAAUCCAAGUGGGAACACCUGCAAUCAUUGAAAGCCCAUAUUCCAGUUGAUUGCCAUUCAUACUAUGACAAUAUACCCUAUGAAGACGAAUAAAUGGAUUACUUUAAGGGAUAUGCGAGAAGUGAUUAUUUCAUUUGAUUCGUGUCGAUUGGUUGACUUUUUCGAAUUUUUAAUGUCAUUUGAAUACGAAAGUUGUAUUUUGAAAAACAGCUUUUGUAACUAUUUCAUAGUAAAUUGCAGUUUUAGUAUAAUAUUUUGAGAAAAUGUAAUUAAAUACUUUGUCUGUAUUGAAAGAUUAGUCAAAGAAAGAAGUGUAAAAGACUGAUAUGUAAAAGUAAAAAAUGUAGUCAACUUUGUUGAUUUUACUAUUUAAUUUUGGGGGUUAUAUAAAGUGAGUGUAGUUAAUGGAAUUUUAUUUAAACAUCCCUUAUAUCCUUUAGGUAUAAUCAUAACACCACCUAAGUUCAAUAGAAGUAAAAGGAAACACCACCUAUGUCCACUAGAAAUAAAAGCUACACCACCUAUGUCCACUAGAAAUAUAGACAAUACCGCCUAUGUCCACUAGAAAUAAAGACAACACAGCCUAUCUCCUCAAAAAAUGCUAAAACAUGAAAAAAAAUUCAAAUUGGUGUUAUUGGACACUUUCUACUAAUUACAUAUGUAAAUAUAAAACAAAAACAACAUUUUGUGUUGUUAUGUUUGGAAUUGGCGAUGUUAUAUAGCUCUCCUGAAAAAUUUGCAUUUUGUCACAUAGGCAGUGUUGUUUCUUAAGCGACGAUAUUAAUCUGCCAAACAAGAGAAACCCAAUUUCAGUUAUGUUGGCACAUCUCCAUCUGGUAUUUUCUCUGUUGUGGUCACCUUGUAGACUCUUUUUGGUUAGAAACAUGCUUUGAAAUAAACUUUUUAAGUGUUUGCAGCCGUGUCAAUGUUCUGUGUGUGCGGAUUAAGUUCCUUAAAAAAUUUAGUUUUGUCACUGGUGUAGGUUUAGUUAUGUUUAGUUUUUGAUGUGGUGUGUUUGGUUUGUUUUAUGUUAUAAAGGUUUAAUCUUCAAACUUUUACUAUGUAGAGUAAACUGUUCAUUGCCUCAAGAUGGCUAGUGCGAGUGAAAAUUUUACAUAAUAACUAGGACCAGUAAGUAAUUGAUACAAAAAUGCAUUUUGAUUUUAUAAGCAGAGUUAGUUGUAUUAUAAUGUGUUUAAACAAUGAAGUUUAUGUUAUAAAAUCUCAACUAUUGAUGCAUUAUAGAUUUGUAUUAAUAAACAUGGCCAAAGAAGGAAAUCAGCAAGGAGGAAAUGCAAUCUCUACCAUGUUAAGAGAGUGAGAGUAUUCAGAUAAAGAGCUAUGCAGAGUUAAUUGUAGUGUUGAUAAUUUAAUAUCACAAAUUUGCAAUGCUUUUUUGUUACAUUAAUGUUUGGUUAUUUAUGUAUAUUGAUGAAAAUUUAAGUCAUUUCGUCAAUGGUACGGAAGGCGAUUGGAACAGAAAUGUGUACCUUGACACUAUGAAAAAUAAAAGAUUUGUGUUUUGAA